UCUCAGUCCCGUCUGGCAGCUUCCGGGUCUUCGGCUGCAGCCAUUUUGGGCUUCGCUUCCCUGAGCACUCGCCCGCCACCUAGCCCUUCUGCCCGCGCGUUUGGCGCCAGGGAGCGGGCCGCGGUCUCCGGAAACGCCGCCGCUGCCGCGUGAGGGAUCUGAGAGGUCUAUGGUGGAGCGGUCUCACACGGACUAAGGGAGCCUCCUUCCCCGCCGGGAUGGACGUGGCAGCGACCGCCGCAGCCUGCGUGGGCCGCCAAGCCGUGCGGUGCACCGCCCGCCGCGGAAGCCUCCCCUCCCGGGGCUCCCUCUGCCGGCGCGGGGAUCGGCCUGCGGUACCGACUCGGUGGCUGGGCAAGGCUGAGGCUGUGUAGGCCUCGGGUCCCGCCCGCCCUGACGCCGCCGACCCCGCCACGCUCCUGUCUUGAGAAACUGCCAGGGAAAGGAGAUGGAGCUGGGCACUCGCGGGCCUCGGAAGCGGCCUGCCCCUCGGAUGGGCUCCUGGUUCCGGCUGCCCUUCCUUCGGCGAUGGUCCGCUCGCUCCUCCGACUUGCUGACUCCUUCCUCUCGGGAAAACUCCGGAGACCCCGCACUGGCUGCCUCCGCCCUGCCCAAGCCUCGGACCAGGUACUGGACCAGAUUCCUUUCCCAGCUCUUUGCGCUGCUCCCUACCUUGUUCCACAAGCUGGUUUUUUGGAGCCAGCUUUUCGGUGGCAUGAUUCCGACCAGAUGGCUAGAUUUCGUAGCAGGUUACAGCGCCCUGAGAGCCUUGAGAGGACGGGAGGAACCUGCCGCUGCCGCGGUGCAGAAAUCUUUGAGUUCACUGCAGCUGGACUCUUCGGAAGACUUGGUUGUCAGCCCCCUUGAUUGGCUAGAGGAGGGACCCCAAUGGCGGUACUCAUCCUCAGACCUGGAGUUGAAACUGACAGCCCAGGAAAGAGCUUUGGACUCCGCAGCGCACCCUUUUCUCCUAGAGCAGCCGCUCUGGGGGGUGGAGUUGUUGCCCGGCAGUCUUCACGCGGGUCUUGUCUCCCACCGAGAACUUGGCUCGGCACCCUCUGGGCAGAGCGUAGGCAGUUUCAAGGUAGUUUCUUAUCUGCUGAGCCCUUCUUGUCUGGACUGCCUUCCCCAGCUGGAGCUGCGCUGUCGGAACAGCGUUGGAGCUGGCCAGCUGGUGGAUUUCCGAACACUUCCCCCCGAGAGCGGUUGCCUUUUUGAAGAUGGUUGUCACCCCCAGCCUCUGCGUGCAGAGAUCUCGGCAACCACGUGGCAGAGGUGUCCUCCUCUUUCCACAGAAGGCCUGCCGGAAAUCCACCACCUUCGUAUGAAACGGCUGGAAUUCCUGCAGGCUAACAAGGGGCAAGAGUUACCCACCCCUGACCAAGAUAAUGGCUACCACAGCCUGGAGGAGGAACACGGCCAUCUCCGGAUGGACCCACAGCUCUGUACAGAUAACCCAGUACAGACGGUGUCCCCUCCUGGAGUCAGCCCCGAGCCCACUGAGAAAAAGAUAGACGUGUUGAUUCAAGAAGUUUCCCAAAGCCCCCAGGGAAGCAGUCUGCCCUGCGAGUUAGCUGUGGAGAAAGCCUGUGAAGAGGACCGCACUAGUGUAGUUGACGGCUCAGACGUCGAGGGUGACCUUCCUGUCUCGGCCAGACCAGUUUGUAGCAACAAACUGAUCGAUUAUAUUUUGGGAGGCGCCUCCAGUGACCUGGAAAGCGGCUCGGACUCAGAAAGUGAGGAUUGGGACGAGGAUCCCGAGGAUGAUGGCUUUGAUAGUGACGGCUCCCUGUCGGAAUCAGACGACGGACAAGUCUCGGAAGGGCGCCACCUCUGGAACUCUUUCUACAGUGUAGAUCCUUACGAUCCCCAGAACUUUACAGCCACAAUUCAGACUGCUACCAGAAUUAUCCCUGGAGACCCAUGCGAUUCAGGGAGUUCCUUGCCUGACCUUUUCGAUGUGGGGAGCUCUAAAGCUGGACCCCUUCCUGAUACCCCCGAGCAUAGUUCUGGGGCGGAAGAGGACUGGGAACCCAGUGCCGAUGAAGCGGAGAGUCUUAGACUGUGGAACUCUUUCUGCAGUUCUGAGGACCCCUACAACCUUUUCAACUUUAAGGCUCCCUUUCAAACGUCAGGGAAGAACUGGAAAGGCAGUCAGGACUCACAAGCCCCUUCUGAGGCCACGGUGGCCUUUUCUGGGUGUCAUACCCUCCUUUCUUGUAAGGUGACGCUGGUACAGAGCCCAGAAGAUAAUUGUCCAGACUCUGGGCUGCCAGAGACUCUUUCUGGAGAAAAAUCCACCCAUAGCAAAAGAAAAAAGGUAACCUUUCUUGAAGAAGUAACUGAGUAUUAUAUAAGUGAUGAUGAGGAUCGCAAAGGACCAUGGGAAGAAUUUGCAAGGGAUGGAUGCAGGUUCCAGAAACGGAUUCAAGAAACAGAAGAUGCCAUUGGCUACUGCUUGACAUUUGAGCACAGAGAAAGAAUGUUCAGUAGACUCCAGGAGCACUCACUGUUGUUCAGCAAUGUUAAGACAAGUGAACAAGCUGCAGCCCUGGCCCACACUCUCUCUUGCUUGAGAGGUUUCUCUUAAAAACAAAUAUUGGCAGCUGUCCUUGGACAUGUUUUUAAAGAAACAACUUGUGUUUAGUGAUGUAGUUGAAUUAUUUUUGGGUGAUGUGUCUCAUUAGAAACACCAACUCUGAUAAUGAAGAAUCUCUAGUUUUUAAUCUUCCCUUUUCCUAUUUAGUUGGAUGUGGUGUUUGUGUUUUUGAGAGAGGGUCUUACUCCAUAAUUCUGGUUGGCCUAGGUCUUUGUGUGUAAACCAGGCUGGCCUUGAAAUUGAUAUCUUCUUGCCUCUGCUUCCUGUGCCACCAUGCCCAACUGGAUGUGGUUAUAAAUAUCCUCUGCUUCCUGGAGGUGAAAGGGGACCCUUUAAGUUGUUACUUUGCACUUUCAAUACUUCUGGAGAGGCAGAGGGCAGCCAGGUUUACAUAGUAGGCUUCGGGCUGGGGCUACAUGCUGAGACCAGGUCUUAAGGGACAAACAAAACAAAAGAUUGUUGGAUAUUUUUGGUUUGUUUGGUUUGGUUUUUUGAGACAGGGUUUCUUUGUAUAGCCCUGGCUGUCCUGGAACUUGCUCUGUAGAUUCAACUGGCCUCAAACUCACAGAGAUCCCCCUGCCUCUGCCUCCUGUCCUGAGUACUGGGAUUAAAAGCUUGCAUCACCAUGCCUGGCACAGAAAAGUUUCUUCCCAGACCUGUAAUUCCAGUUACUUUGGAGAUCAAGACUGGAGGAUGGAAAAUUCAAGGUCUGCCUGGGCCUUACCUUAAAAUGAAAAUGGAAAAGGAGGCUGGGGAUAUAGUUAGUAGCAGAGGACACUUGCCUGCAUGUGCAAGGCUCUGGGUUCAGUCCCUAGUACUACAUAUUCAAUUUUAAUUCGUGCAAGGCUUUGGGUUCAAUCACCAGUACUACAUGUUCAGUUUUAAUUUAAAGUAUGCAUACUUAUCUAAAAACUUUGGGUUCUUGUGCUUUUCGUAUUCUAAAGUGAAUGGGCUUUUGGUUUUUUGUAUAUAUGUAUAUGUGUUUAUAUAUUUUGAGGCAAGGUCUCACUAUGGCCUUGGGCUCAUGGCAAUCCUUCUGCUUUAAUUUCCUGAGUGUAUAUAUAGCCUAUGUAUAUAUAGGCUAUGCUUGCACUUUUUUCCACUUUCAUAGAUUUGACCUAUUUACCCUAAAGCUAAACCUAUUGUACAUGUUCUCAACUUAAAAGACAUGGUUGUAGCACUUGAAAACAUGGUGAAUAUCCCCCCUCUUUUUUUUAUUUUUUAUUUUUUUUUAAUUUAAAGAAUCUGUCUUGUGUGGUCUAGGCUAGCCUUGAAUUCAAUUCUUAGCUAAGGAUGCCUUUGAAAGAUCCUCUUGUUUUCUUGCUAGGAUUGCACAUGUGUGUGUCACACAUCCAGAGUUUUUUCUAUAUCUAGGUCUAUUUAAGCUAUUCCCAAGGACCACCACAAACCCACAAAUGCAGUACUUUCUUGCCUGGGAAAGCUGUGUUGGUGUGUUUUUUAAAGACCUACACUGUGGUGCCCAGCUGCUCUGCCAAACUUUAACAUCUAGCAUGUUUGAUUUCUUUGCAAACUGUCCCUUUGGAAGUUUUCUGUGUUGUAGUUCUGGUUCAGUGUGGCUCUUUAACUCCCAGUGGUAGGAACUGUAUAAAGCGCCCUAGGAAGUAAUCUUUGCAUUGUAGGCAUUCAGUUUUUAUACUUGAAAGCCUAGAAUUUUCCUAGGAGGAAUAUGCAGACAUCUCAGAAAUUCAGUUUUGUUUUAUGUCCUCUUAACAGAAAGCCAGUGUUACUUACACCCUGCCUCAGCACUGUCACUUUUAAAACCUGUCAUGGUAACACUGUAAACUUGGAUUAGGUAGUUCUGCAUUUUUAAGUGUGAAAUGUCAAAUACAAACUUCAGUAUCCAGGUUUAUUGUGUUCUGUUUCAUAGAGAAGCAAUGGUGAGGCCCUUUCUUCGAGGAAAGCAUAAAGUAUAGCUAGAACAGCCAGAAAGUCUUACCCAAAGCUUGAUCUUGAAUAGUCUGUGUUGAGUAGUAUGCCUGGUUUAUUCAGUUAGCUUUAUCCGCUGUGCGUAUGCUAGGUUGAGGUAUGUUUAACCACCUCUUUAGUGGUCAGUUCUUAGCUUGUGCCUCCUGCCAUGGGUAGUGGGGACACGAACAAAAGAGGGGUCCACUAAAUUGGUCAUGGGGAGGAGUUUUUCCAGAAGAGCUCGCAGCCUAACUACCUCAGUUUCUGAUCUCCCUGGUUAUUUCCGUUUGAUGUGCUCUAAGGUCUGCCUCAUUCACAUACACUAAGACUGCAGCACCAGGAAAGUUGGUCUUAGUUUUGCAGAACCCUCAUUCUGUGUAAUUAGUGCACCUGCAUUUAGUGAACUGGUACAGUGCUGUGGAAAUGGGCUAGUUAGAAAGCUGUGUCAUUUGGAAAGCAGGCAUGUGGGCUUAGGAAGGAAAACUGUGGCAGUGCAUAGACAUUUUUAAAAACCAGACUGCAGUUUAGCGUUUGAUUUCAGACACUUAGUGUUUUGUGUUUCUGAGACCCAGAACCUGUGUAUUUGCAGGGAGUGGGACAUCUGUACUUUCCCUGGGUGUUUGAAAAUUGUUCCAGAUUCCACCUUUACCAUCUCAUGAGGAAACAACUGGUUAGAAUACUUGGUACACUGCCUGCCUACAGAUGUGGUGGCAAGGACAAAAGGACCUUUACAAAUUGACUGAAGAAGAACAAAAUUAUUGUCAUCCCAGUCCCAGAUGUCAGGUCCCUCCCAAGGAAAGAACACCUCCAAGGCCAGGUAUGGUGUGGAGGUUGUAGCUGCGUAUUUUACGCACUGGAGUCUUGCAGUGGUGCUGUAAGGACCUGCAUAGAUGUCAUGGGCUCUGCAGAUGGGGGUCCGCCUUUCUGAGUGCUGAAAUGGGCAACCCUUCACCUGUAACUUGAAAUCAAAGCUCUCAGAUUUUAAUUUUUACAAUUUAAGGUUAAGUUUGGGAACAAGAUUUGAGUUGGCUUCUUCAGAUCAAUGAUUUUAAAUGUAACUAGUGGAGAUUUUAUAGCUCAGAUUAUAUUUGUAUAUAAUUAUUAACUAAUCUGUAAAUUGUAAUAAAUAUA